AUGAGUUGCGUUCACUCACAGCUGUUGCAAAGGCUCAACUCCGCUGGCGUCGAUGGCGUGGCCGCGGCAAUCCGUCGCUGCAUAUUCUAUCCGUCCAUUUUGGCGUUCAUCUUUAGUUCAGGCUUGACGGGGAAGGAGGAGCUCGCACAUAUUUCCGCGGCUGUUCUUCGGCACCUUCCCAAUUUAAACGCCUCUGCCACUACCAGUGUGCUCGCCAGCCUUUCUAAGGCGCAUUAUCGCAACUUCCAACUUUUUUCGGCCAUAGUGUCGCAUCUCGACCAUCUGCCGUCGCUCGGGCUCAAGGACGCUCGCUCGGUGAUACGUUCCUUUUCGCGCGUCCACUUCACCAACACAGCAGUGGUGUCGCGUUGCGCCGGCAUAGUGAAAACCAACAUCGAGCAACUACGGCCAUUGGAUGCUUGCGAGCUCCUGCAUGCCCUCACCAGAUUGCGCCACUGCGACCAAGAGCUGCUGGAACUUUUGGUGUCUAGAUCCGUUGCUGAUAUACCCAGUUUCGACGAUGUGGCACUUGCCAACUUUGCGACAGCAGCCGCCAAAGCUGGCGUCGAAACUGCUACGGUGGCUGUGAUUUGUCGGGAAUUGCGUUCACGAGCCGGGAAGUUGGGACCCCUGGAGACAGUUAGGUCUUUACUGGCGCUGGCCCGGUUUGGCCCGCAAUCUGACACCGUGCCUACUGCCAAUACUGUUCUUAAGGGCCUGAACUGUUCGCGCCUUUCUCUAAUACAGAUGGUAUUGGCGUUGGAAGCGGUGUCACAGCUCGGUUGUGAGGGUGCCGAACGGAUACGCGCUGCCCUCGUGGCCAAACGUGAUGCUUACCCGCGCGUGCCGCAUGACGUAGGUUUUGAUGUAUGUGCUCAUAUCUUACGGCAGCUUGCAACUCGCAUCGAUUCGGCCCUAGCGUUACCGACCGGGGAGCGAGCUCCAGACUCCCGCCCCGCAGGUUCAGAGGCCGAUCUGUAA